AAGCGUCAGACUCCUUUCUCCACUUUCUCAUCUUGAGACGGCUCCAUUUCGUCUCAAUUUCCAUUCACCACAACCACACACACACCAAGCAGAACCACUUUUCGCAUUUUCCCCACUUCUCAAUAUUCCUCUUCAAUAACGAAUAAAAAUUCUACGCCAUGUCGAAAACCAUCAUUUUGUCUUUCGUAGCUUUCACACUGGAAUUCCUUCUCCAGGAGUGCAGUUCUAGAGCGAUUUACAAUCCUGGGACGGUGUCUGAGACGGAGGUGACACAUUUUGAAUUUAUUCAACGACUUGGAAAUCCGUGUGGAAUUGUGAGACUGGAACAAGCAUCUCCAAAUUCUGAAUAUCACUCAAGUUAUUACGUCGAUGACUCCUCGAAUAAUACUCUUUUUUACCAAUCAAUGGUCCAACUCGUGGAUGCAGGGCUGGAGAAAAUGAGACUGCUUCAAAACCCUGAACAGAGUCUGCCCCAAUGUGCUGGGAUUAAUUUGGAUACUUUGCCAACAACCCCCACCUUCACAUCUCUAAAUGACGAUCAACUCUUCCGGGACAUUUACAAUAGCGGAAUCUUUCUCGCGGCCCACCUUCACAUUAUGGGAAUGGAUCGGCAACUCACGGUUGUGGGCGUUAAUGAGGUCUCGGAUGACAACAUUGAUGAGACGGAUGGGCUCCCUUCCUGGCGAUACCUACGAUGUGGAAAUGAGUCGGGAGCAUUCAUGCUGAGGUUGGCUGAGAUGACUUUGCAAAUGGAAAACAUUCUGUGUACCGUGGUCAACUCGGCGACAGUGGCGCAAAGGGCAACAUUCCGCGAAUCUUUCAACAAGUUGGUGUCGACGACCUUUUUCCGCUACCACUCGUCCUGCUCCACCCUCCAGACCAGAGAUUGCCUCGUCAUGAAGGAGACCAGAGACACACUCAACGCCAUGUCUGCAAAGUUCAACUCAAUGACGAAAAACUCAAAUAGCUCAAACGAAUCCAAUGACAUCUAAGGCAGCCAGACUCAAUCUCAACAAUUUGCUUCGCGUUUAAUAAUAAUUGCAAAUUUAGACAAUAUUAUUACCAAAAAAUCAUUAUGGGUUUCCGCUUUGCUUCAACAUACUCACUGGAGAAGAAGACUGUCUAACUUUAUACUCUAGUCAUUCAUCGUACCGAUAGUUAAUUCUAGCUUCAAUUGUAAGGACUGCCAAUCUACUUACUAUCAUAAUUAUGAUCCAAACAUAAAAUUGUGCACCCACAAAUUAUCAUCAUUUAUUACAUAGGGAAACUUUUUUAAAUAAUUUUGGUUUUUAUUAAUGAUAUUAAAUACUAAUUAAGAGAUUUUAAUUUAUUGACAAUUUGACAUGCUCCAAUACCGUGUUAAAGACUUAUUUUUUAAAUGACAUUUACUGUAACAUGUUAUGUGCGUGUGAUUGCUUAUUUAGGCUUGAAAAAAGAAUUAUCACUUAUGUAUGAAGUUAUGGACAUCGUAUAAAGUAGCAUUUAUAUUUAUAAGCUUGAAAAUAAUUGCUAUUUACGAAAUAAAUAAAGAAAUAAUU